UGUUUGGGAGCGGUAUCGACUGAUCACAUGGCUUCACACAAUAGAUUACCGGUAUAAAUUUCGUGACAAAGAUGGCGGCCGAGCUUGAGGAAACGGCGCCUCCAUUUUCCCUUCAUUCCAUGGACAGUACUGGUUCCUCUGAUAAAAAUGUGGUGGAAUUGGUGGCGGAAGAAGAAAAAGCGAAAGAGCAUAAAGAGGUUUUUGUUUUAAGGGAAAAAAGCGGAGUAAUUUACCCGAAUGACUACAAAUACACAGUUGAUACUUGCUAUCCAGGAUAUAAUCCACGUUUUGUUAAUGCACCAACUGUUAUCACCUUGGUUGGUUUGCCAGCAAGGGGCAAAACAUAUAUGGCCAAAAAACUGGGUCGUUAUCUCAACUGGAUCGGCAUCAAAACAAAAGAUAUUUGAUGCCACAAAUACAACAAUUGAGCGAAGGGCCUUAAUCAUGGAGUUUUGCUCAAACAGAGGAUUCAAGGUGUUUUUUAUGGAAUCCAUUUGCGAAGAUUCAGAUAUUGUAGCAGCAAAUAUUAAGGAAGUUAAAGUGUUCAGCCCAGACUAUGUGACUGUGGACCGAGAUACAGCUGUCAAAGAUUUCAGGAAGCGUAUCAAGCACUAUGAGGAUGCAUAUGAACCACUUUCAUUUGAAAAAGAGGGUUUUUGUAUCGCCUAUGAAAAAUUCAACCCGUUCCUAUUUAAGAUGCGAAAGUUUUUUUUUCGUUGUUUACGUGAAUUUUAGGUUUGGACAAGUCAGUUAAAAAGGGCGGUGGACACAGCUCAGUAUCUCAAAGGUGUGACGACUGAGAGAUGGAAGGCACUCAACGAAAUGGAUCAUACUCUGGAUGAGAUUAAAAAGAUGGACCCUGAAGAACACAAAGUUAUUGAAGAACAUCCGUUUAAUUAUCGAUACCCCAGGGGAGAGUCGUACAGUGACGUGUGCGCUCGACUAGAAUCAGUUAUAAUGGAAUUAGAAAGGCAGUCCAAUGUCUUGGUCAUAUGUCACGAGGUUAUCCUGCAGUGUCUUAUGGCAUACUUCCUGGACCACAGUUCAGGAGAACUUCCAAAUCUUCACAUUCCUCUUCACACAGUCUUCAAAUUGACUCCAAUUGCUUAUGGUGAGUUCAAAGUGAAGUGUUAAAUCAUUUGAUGAGUUCAUUAAAUCACUGGAUCUAGUUUGUUAGGCGAUUUAAUUGAGGAAACGUUUCCGUUGCUACGACAUUUCCAAUCCUCCAUCUUCGAAAAC